AUGGCGGGUUCUGCUGCUCUGGAUGUGUCCCGAAAUGGGCUGGUGGUGAGAGGUGGCAGCCGAUUUCUGGCAACAGGUACAGACUGCAGUGAUGAUGACAGCUUCUUUAUAUAUGACUGCAGCAAGGCAGAAAAGAAGCUCCAAGAGGAUAAAGGAGAGGAAGGAAAGACCAUGUACAGAGGAAGUGAUAACAUCUUAGCUUCCACCUUCUCAAGAUCUGGCAAUUAUUUUGCUUUGACUGAUGACAAUAAACGUCUGAUUCUUUUCUCUACAAAACCUUGGAAAUGUCUGAGUAUCAGGACAGUGGUGAGAAGAUGUACAUCUCUGACAUUUACAUCUACAGAUGAGAAGAUUUUGGUGGCGGACAAAUCUGGAGAUGUAUAUUCAUUUUCUGUACUGGCACCAUAUCAGGAUGGAAAACUUGAACUUGGACACCUUUCUAUGUUGUUGGAUGUGGCCAUGAGUCCCGAUGACCGUUACAUUCUCACAGCAGACAGAGAUGAGAAAAUCCGUGUUAGUUUGUUUGCAGCACCACACAACAUAGAAUCUUUCUGCUUGGGUCAUACUGAGUUUGUGAGCAGAAUAUUUGUGGUGCCAAAUUAUCCAGAUUUGUUAUUAUCUACCUCAGGGGACUGUACUCUGAGACUCUGGGAAUACAAAAUAGGAAAAGAAUUGCAGUGCUGUCAUCUUAAUAGACUGAAAAAUCCUGAGGCAACCCCAUGUGAGAAGGUGGAGUCUCAAAGCCCAGUGUUUGCAGUGUCAAGGAUAACCUACUGUUGCCAAGAAAACUGCAUUGCUAUUUUAUGUGACUGUAUUCCUGUAAUCUAUAUCUUCCAACUUGAUGACACUAAGAAGCAGCUGACUUACAAACAACAACUUACCUUUAAUCACAGAGUGUGGGACAUUGCUUUUGAGGAAACACAAGGACUUUGGGUUUUACAAGAGUGCAAAGAAAUGCCAGUUUUGCUCUAUCACCUUGAGAAUGGACAGUGGCAGUCUGUUUCCAAAAAUGAAGUGUUAAAGAAAAUCUCCAAUAACCUACAUGAGAACUGGACCAUGGUGGAAGGGUCCCCUGGCAUGGAUGACAGCUUUAGCAGUCUCUACAAGACCACAUUUGAUAACAUGAGUAAUUACUUGAAGAAAAAAGAAGAAAGAGUACAGCAGCAAUUGGAGAAAAAGAAGAGAAGGAAGAAUCCUUAACUGUCUUCAGUGGCAAACAAACAAAAAAAAUGAGAGACAAAGUAUUUGCCUACUCGUUUGAAGGGCAUUUAAAUCAUAGAUUUAAAACUUGAGGUACCUUAGAGAUCAUCAUCUAUUCCAUCCUUCUUAUUUUAUAGAUCAGAAAACCAGGUCAGAGAAGUUUUGACUCAAGUUCACCCAUGUAGAAGUGACAGUUGAGAUUUGAAUACUAGUUCUUUGUCUCCAAAUAAAGUACUUGGCAAGA